AUGGCCAAAGUUUUCUCCCGCGACGAGGUGGCCAAGCACACCUCCGAAGACUCGACCUGGUGCAUCAUCGAUCACCGCGUCUAUGAUCUGACCGAUUUCCUCGAUGCACACCCUGGCGGCAGUGUGGUGCUGGCCCAAGUGGCGGGCAAGGACGCCACGGCCGCCUUCUAUAACCUCCACCGCCAGGAGGUGCUAGAUAAAUACCGCGACGAGCUCUGCGUCGGCACCGUCGCCGGCGAGUCCCCCGAGGUCACAAGCCCCGAACCCGGCAGUCUCAGCGCCGUUCCUUAUGCCGAACCCCUGUGGUUGCGCCCGCAGUUCAAGAGCCCCUAUUACAAGGAUAGUCAUCGUCGCCUGCAGCGUGCCGUGCGCGAGUUCACCGAUCGCUACGUUACCCCCGAGGCGCAGGAGAAGGAGAAGGACGGUACAUACAUCAGCCAAGGGUUGAUUGAUCGCAUGGCGGAGACGAACAUCCUGGCUAUGCGCCUGGGUCCGGGGAAGCACUUGCACGGUCGGAAAUUGCUUGGAGGCGUCGUGGACGGGGAGGAGUUCGACUACCUGCAUGACAUGAUCGUGUCUCAGGAGCUAGUCAGAGCCAAUGCGCGAGGUUUGUCGCCAGGUCCCCGCUGUCUCCCUGUUGAGCCACUUUGA